AUGCAUACAAAUGAACAUCCAGUUGAUAGUAAUAAUUCUGGAGACACCGUAAAAUUACCGCUCAGCGAGACUUCAGCAUCGAUUACUGUAACAAACUUGGCAGUUCCAUUUGUAAGUUUUUUACCGCUUAUUACAGAGAUUGCCAAAAUAUUCAAUGAAACAGUAGAAAUAUAUCAAGCAGCGCAAUAUAAUAAAAAAAUAUGUCGGAUAUUGCUGGAUAGAGUCCAAAUAGCUGAUACGGCCGUUAGAAAUAUUAAAAUCCAUAGAGAAGAAAGCAAAGAAUUUUUUUCAGAAAAAAAUUUAUUUAAUUUACAAAGAUUACUUAACGUUAUUGUUAAAAUUUGUAAAUUCGUUGAAGAAAUUUCUCAGUUAAAAGGGUUAUACAAGUAUCUUAAUUCCAAGAAUAUUGAAAAAAGUGUUAAAGAAUUAAUGAAUGAGUUUGAUUCGACUAUACAACUUCUAGAAUUUUCUUUACAAGUUGACUUUAGGUUACGUGCUGAUAAAGAUAACAAAGAUAUUAAGGCUGAUAUCAAAGAUUUUUAUCUGUAUCUUGAAGAUAUAGGCAGCGGUAUAACUGACGUAAAUCAAAGUGUCUCUAAAGUGUUCGAGCAAAUUAAUGCUCUUAAUACUAAGGUGAAUCAAAUGGAACAAGCCAAUUCAACAGAUAAUGAAUUUCUUGAAUAUAACGAUUAUGAAGAAGACGAUGAACCUGAUGAACCUAUAGCAAAUCAAAAUAUCGUUCAUCGCGACAUCAGAGCCGAGAAUAUCUUAAUUAUCGAUAACGAUACAGAAAAAAUUGCAAUUCCGAAAGCAACUCUAUCAAUAAAUGAUGAUGAAAUAAGUGUAGAAUCAACGCUCAUCAUGACUACAGCAUCGAUUACUGUAACAAACUUGGCAGUUCCAUUUGGAAAUUUUUUACCGCUUAUUACAGAUAUUGCCAAAAUAUUCAAUGAAAUAGUAAAAAUAUAUCAAACAGCGGAACAUAAUAAAAGAAUAUGUGGGAUAUUGCUGGAUAGAGUCCAAGUAGCUGAUAAGGCCGUUAGAAAUAUUAAACACAGUAGAGAAGAAAGCAGUGAAUUUUUUUCAGAAAAAAAUUUAUUUAAUUUACAAAAGUUACUUAACGUUAUUGUUAAAAUUCGUAAAUUCGUUGAAGAAAUUUCUCAGUUAAAAGGGUUACACAAGUAUAUUCAUGCCAAGGAUAUUGAAAAAAGUGUUAAAGAAUUAAUGAAUGAGUUUGAUUCGACUAUACAACUUCUGGAAUUUUCUUUACAAGUUGACUUAAGGCGUGCUGAUAAAGAUAACAAAGAUAUUAAGGCUGAUAUCAAAGAUUUAUAUCAGUAUCUUGGAAAUAUAGGCAGCGGUAUAACUGACGUAAAUCAAAAUGUCUCCGAAAUUAUUAUGCAAAUUAAUGCUCUUAAUACUACGAUGAAUCAAAUGGCACAAGCUAAUUCAACAGAUAGUGAAUUACUUGAUUAUAAUGAUUUUGAAGAAGACGAUGAACCUAUAGCAAAUCAUAAUGUAAGAAAAUUUAGAAGGAAAAUAAUGAAUGACCAUGUAGCAUUAAAAUUGGUGGCUGAUCAAAGUAGCACCGAUGAACAGAAAGCUAGUUUUAAGCGACAAGUCAAGAUUUUAAAAAAGUUGAAAGAAUGUCAUUUUAUUAUUCAAUUUCAUGGUUUAACUUCAAAUGAUAAUAAAAUUUAUUUGGUGAUGGAAUGGGCUGAUUACAAUUUACGUGAAUAUUAUCAAAAAUAUGGUCCACUAGAAGUCAGUCUGAAAUUAAGAUUUGCUCUUGACAUCUCUAGUGGUUUAAAUUACUUGUGUGCUGCUUCGAUCGUUCAUCGUGACAUCAGAGCCGAGAAUAUCUUAAUUACCGAUAACGAUACUGUAAAAAUUGCAAAUUUUAAGGCAAGACGAUCAAUAAAAGAUAAAAUAAGAAAUCUAGAAGCAACUCUAGAAGUUAUACGAUAUUGCGCUCCUGAAAAAUUAUUAUUAAAAAACAAAUAUGAUACCAAGUGUGAUGUAUAUAGCUUUGGUGUACUUCUUUGGGAAAUAGCUGAAGAAAAAACUCCUUAUGAGACAUUUGGUGAUGAUAUUAUGAAAAUUACUGAUCAAGUAUGCAACAAAGGAUAUCGUGAAGCAUUUUCUUUUGAUUCUCCCUUACCAAAAGAAUAUCGUGAACUUGCAGAACAAGCUACUCAUCCUGAUCAAAAUAAUAGACCUCAAUUUUCAAAGAUUCUUACCAAAUUACAAAAGCUUUAUAAAUUAAAUAGAAUUAAAGCUAACUUUAUAACAAAUGAUACAUCCCAAAAUGGUGAAUUACCAUCACAAAUUUGGAUAAAAGACUCAAUUAAAAAUAAUUUUAUCACAGAUAUAAAAUGGAAUGAUUUAGUCAGUAGAUCGCCUGUUGGUAAAGGUCGUUUUGGAGAAGUAUUUAAAACACAUUGGAAGAAAAUGAACAAAGAUGUUGUUUGUAAAAGACUUAUCUUAGAUGACAUUAAUGCAAUUCAACACGAAAUACAAAUACAAACUAGAGGACAUGUUUGUGAAAAUAUCAUUCGUAUUUUAGGAAUUACACAACAAUCGGAAAGCAACAUUUAUUGCAUUGUUAUGGAAUAUGCUGAUGGUGGUGACUUGCGAACAUAUCUAAAAGAAAAUUUUCGAACUCUUGAUUGGGAUAAAAAGUUACAGCUAGCCUUUGAUAUUACAAACGGAUUACGUUAUUUACAUGGGAUUAACAUAUUGCAUAGAGAUCUUCAUUCAAAAAACGUAGUGAUACUUAAUGGAAGUGCAAAGAUAACUGAUUUUGGAAACUCUAAAAGUCUGGAAACGCAAACAAAUAUCCAUAAUGACGUAUUUGGAAUGAUUCCGUAUUUGGCGCCAGAGUUAUUUAAAUCUAAUAAUCAUUGUUCAGCAUCAUAUUCAGUUAAGUCUGAUAUUUAUAGUCUUGGAGUUUUAUUUUGGGAGAUAUCUAGUGGAAAUAUACCAUUUGUAAAUAUUUCCUAUGGUCUAGAGUUAUCAUUAAAGAUUAUCAAUGGAGAGAGAGAAAAAGAAAUUCCGAAUACGCCAUAUGAUUAUUGUAAACUUUAUACUUCCUGUUGGCAUUCGGAACCAGUGGAAAGGCCUGAUAUUGAACAUGCUCAUUUAAAGUUAUAUAAUAUAUUACAUAAAGUUGAUGAAAAUGAUGCUAUUAAUAAUGCAAAGCUCAUUAAUGAGACUUCCGAAAAUCAAAAGCUUAAUGAAAAUGAUUCAACUUUGAUUGAAUUAGAAAUUUCUGAUGCGAUCAAUAAUUUGUCAAUAAAUUAA